AUGUUGUACUUCCUCUUGAGCCUCUUCUGUCUUACAUUCGACGUUUUCAACAUAAUCGUAAAGGUCCACCAUCUGACAGUCUCGUUCCUGUUUGUGAGUCCAUGCGACAUCAUAAUGCCGAAAGCUUUCUUCAUUGCUGCAAGUUUACCUUUAUUCUAUUCUAUUGGAGCAGCUCAGUUUGCCCAGAUGUCCAUGAUCGUUGAAAGAUGGAUAGCAACCAUUUUCGUUCGAGACUAUGAGUCGGGAUAUAGGAAACUUGGACCGGUACUGAUUGCAGCAACGGUAAUAAUCAAUGGCUGCUCAAUGUAUAUAAUGUACUAUGGUGAGACAUUCGAAGUACCCCAAUGGAAUGCUCGUUCGAUGCCAAGCACCACUUAUCCACGGUCAAGUGUGGUGCUCUUGACAUUGCUAAUACUGAAUUUUAUAUCUCUACUCGUAACCAUCGCCUUGAUGACAUUAUCAUCAAAAUUUCAAUCAAAUGAGAACGCAAUCGUUUCGAACCUCCUCUUCAUGAUAUCUUCUCUUCAAUUCGUCACUUCGCUUCUUGCUCAAUUGUGUGGUUUGUACCUGAGAAGCUACCAAUUCAAAAAUCCUCUACGAUUCGCAUUGAGGGAAAACUUUGACCUGUUCAAUUACUACACGCUGUUACUACCGAUUCUGUCGACCGUCUAUUUCAAGAAGGUGAAACGGCGACGAAUUAAAGAUAUCACGAACAAAAUCAACGUGCUAAUCAAUUGCUGCUCAACUUAUAUAAUGUACUAUGGUGAGACAUUCGAUGCACCCCAAUGGAAUGCUCGUAUGAUGCCAAGCACUACCUAUCCACAGUCAAGUGUGGUGAUUUUGACAUUGCUUAUACUGAAUUUCAUAUCCCUACUCGUAACCAUCGCCUUGUACAUCUUCAGCCGAAUGCGAAGGAAAACGAUGACAUUAUCAUCGAAAUUUCAAUCAAACGAGAAUGCAAUCGUAUCGAACCUCCUCUUCAUGAUAUCUUCUCUUCAAUUCGCCACUUCGUUUUUUGCUCAGAUGUUUGGCUUAUACCUGCGAAGCUACCAAUCCAAUAAUCCUCUGCGAUUUGCAUUCAGGGAGAACUUUGAUUUGUUCAACUGCUACACGCUAUUACUACCGAUUCUGUCGACAAUCUACUUUGUGAAGGUGAAACGGCGACGAAUCAAAGAUAUCACGAACAAAAUCAACCUGCUAUCAACGUUACCCUUACUUAACGCCACUAGCAGCUCACUAGCUGCUGCUAUACUUUCACGGAUGAUUCUUCGACAACUACGUGAUUUUCAAUACAAGGAUUGUGGGAAUCCUACUUUUAAGCACCCUAAAAUGCAGCUAGUCACUCCUAUUGAUAGUGACACUUUUGUGAUUGCUGACGAGAAAUCUGUCUCCGAAGAAUAG